GCGGCACAUGAUGAACACCAUGAAGGCCAUCAAGAAUGCUCUGGUGUGUCUGGUGCUCCUGCCCCGCUUCCUCCUGGCUGCACUCGUGUUCUGGCUCCUCGACUUUUUGUGCAUCAGGAAGAGGUUUUUCCUCAGGAUGAAGGAGCGGGAGGAGGAGAGCGACGCCAUGGACCCUCCUCUGUGCAUAUCAGACUCCAACCGCUUCUUCACGUUGGAGUCCCUCAAGGCGGUGUGGCACGGCCACAAGCUGGACCUCCUCAAGGCGGCGCACCUCGGCCGCGGGGCGCCCAACACGGAGGUAGUCCGUCUGGAGGACGAGCGGCGCGGGCGCAUCCUGGACUACGCCCGGGAGAGCAGACCGCUCAUCCUCAACUUUGGCAGCUGCACUUGACCCCCCUUCAUGGCGCGCCUCAAGGCUUUCCAGGGACUGGUGCGGGAGAACGCGGACAUCGCCGACUCGAUGGUGGUGUACAUCGAGGAAGCGCACCCGUCGGACGGCUGGGUGAGCACCGAUGCGCCUUACCAGAUCCCCAAGCACCGCUGCCUAAAGGACCGGCUCAGCGCGGCGCAGCUGAUGCGCUUGGAGGCGCCCGGGUGUCUGGUGGUGGUCGACGGCAUGGAGAACCCCUGCAACGCCGCCUACGGGGCUUACUUCGACAGACUUUAUGUCCUGCAGGAGGGCAAAAUAGUUUACCAGGGGGGCAGGGGACCCGAGGGGUACCGGAUCUCGGAGCUCAGAGACUGGCUGGACCGCUACCGAGAGAGGCAAGCCAGUAGUCUAGUUAUUCAUGUGUAGAACCAUGUAGAGCUGCUAUUAGAAGACACCUACACAAAUGCUGCAUAUUUGGGGUAUUAUAACUCUACUUACUGUAGAUCCUACUUGUAUUUGAAUAUGAUGUGUCAGCCUUUUUUUUUUAUUAUACCUGCAAAAAAGGUUAGUUUGUGUACAUUGUCUUUAUCAUGUAAUGUUGGACAAGUGGACAUCACAUAGCUCCUCAUUAUUGUUGUGAAGUUCGGUUCUGAAACGGACCACGUCCGGAGAACCGGUACUGAUGUAAUGUGAUACUGAGGAUCAUCAAAUGCUGCGCUCUUGUCCAUGUCACUGCGCCCCACUCUUUGUUUUGGGACAUAUGGUGUGUAUACAAUAAAAUGUCAUCAUCUACCUCUACAAUGGCUCAUUUAUUUGUUUGUGUGCACCUGUUUUC